AUGGUCCAGAAGGAGGCCUUUCUCAUGAAGCGAUGCCUUGACGACAACAAGAUUAUGGACGCUCUAAAGCACGCAUCCACCUUCCUCACGGAGCUUCGCACUUCCAUGCUCUACCCGAAAAACUAUUACGAGCUCUACAUGACUGUGACAGAUGAGAUGCGCCACCUUGAGCAAUUUCUUCUGGAUGAGUUUAAGCAAGGCCGAAAAGUCAACGAUCUCUAUGAACUGGUCCAGUAUGCUGGUAACAUUCUGCCCCGCCUGUACCUUCUCAUCACCGUUGGCUCCGUCUACGUCAAAUCCAACGAGGUCCCGUCCAAAAAGAUUUUGAACGACCUGGUGGACAUGUGCCGUGGCGUGCAGCACCCCCUUCGUGGCCUGUUCCUUCGUAACUACCUUCUCACCUGCCUCAAGUCGGAGCUGCCCACCAACCUGACCUCGGAGGACGGCAACCUUGCUGACUCGAUCGGCUUUAUCCUCACCAACUUUAGCGAGAUGAACAAGCUGUGGGUGCGCAUGCAGCACCAAGGCCACUCUCGUGAUCGCACAAAGCGCGAGGAGGAACGCAUGCAGCUUCGCCUGCUCGUGGGCACCAACCUCGUGCGCAUCAGCUCGCUGGACAACUUGACGCUGGAUGAUUACGAUGAGCGGAUACUGCCGUACAUUCUGGAGCAAAUCGUCAGCUGCAAAGACGCCAUUGCCCAGGAGUACCUGCUCGAAUGCAUCAUCCAGGUCUUCCCCGACGAAUUUCAUCUGCACACGCUCUCCAGUCUCCUGGAAACCUGCGGCAAAGUGCGACCCCAGGUCAAUCUCAAGACCAUUGUCAUCUCUCUGAUCGAACGUUUGGCCAGCUACGCCCAGGCCGAUCCCACGCGGGUGCCAUCGGAGAUCUCCCUGUUUCACAUCUUCCGCCAGCAGCUGGCCGGUAUCACUGAGGCACGUCCCGAACUGCCAUCUGAAGAUGUGGCCGCCAUGUACUCCUCCCUGGCCAACCUGGCCAUGUCCUGCUACCCCGAACAGCUCGGCUAUGUCGACGAGGUGCUGCAAUCCACAGCUGAUUAUAUCAAGCAGGCCGGCUUGUCCAACAUUGAGGCCGCAUCGGCUGUCAGCAAUGAGCUUGUCAAGCUCAUCAAGCUGCCCGUCAACAAGUACAAGGACAUCAACACCGUGUUGAAGCUUAAACACUUCACUGCAUUUCUGCCCAGCUUUGCGUUUGCGACCCGCAACGAGAUUGCCGUGUCCGUUCUUCGCAAGAUGAGCGAACGAGGGGAUACACUGCAACUUGUGGAGGAAAUUGAACCCAUGCUGGCGCUCUUGCAGCCCUUAACCGAGGAUCAGAAGGACUGCCCUAGUGACUUCUGGGAUGAGGAGGAAUUUGCUUCUGAACAAGGUCUCCUGUGCGCCUUUGUGGCGCAGCUCCGCCCUGAUGCACGGGAUGUGCACUUUCAGAUUCUCUCGGCUUUGCGCAAGGCCUUCUACAAUGGCACGCGUCGCCGUAUGAAGUUCACGCUCCCGGCCCUGGUCUUCCAAUGUAAUCAAUUGGCAAUUGCCUACUACGAGAAUCGCGAGGAGGAUGAGGCUUGGGAGAAGAAAUGUUCCAAGAUCUUCCAAUUCUCCCGCGCCACGGUACUCAAGCUCACGGAGAUUGAUGAGUUCCAGCUGGCAUUGAAGAUGUUCCUGCAGUGCGCCCUGGCUGUCAACCGAACUGAAUUUGAAAAAACGGAGGCACUUGCUUACGAGUUUUGCAGCCAAGCUUUUGUGGUCUAUGAAGAAGACAUCUCCGACUCCAAGGAGCAAGUUGAAUUCAUCACCCAGAUCAUUGGCACGCUGCAGCAAAUGCGUGUGUUUGGGGAAGAGAACUACAACCCCCUCUCCACCAAGUGCGCUGUCGUGUCUGCCAAACUCGUGAAAAAGCCCGAUCAAGUGCGCUGCGUCUGUCUUUGUGCCAACCUCUUCUGGUCUGGCUAUACCACCGACAAAGGUGGCGAGCUGCACGAUGGCAAGCAAGUGUUCCAAUGCUUGCAGAAAGCCGUCAAGGUGGCCAAAUCCUGCAUCGAGUCGGCUGUACAGGUUGCUUUGUACACGGAAAUUUUCAACGUCUAUCUCCUGUACUUUCAGCGAGGCUGCGAGUCUGUCGAGCUGCUUCACCUGGAAAAAAUUGCAUCCAUGAUCCAAGAAAAGUUAGAGGAGGUCGACGACAGCGACGAGUCGCUGCCGGACAUUCGUGCCGCGCUUGAAGCCACUCAGCGCCAUGUGGAAUUGCUGCAAGGCGAUGAUAAGCUUGCCAAACUGAAGGAGUUUGGUGGGCUCAUGGCCAGCAAGGCAUAA